CGCUGUUUAAUGUGCGUCAGAACGAAACUUCUCUGCCCGAUUUUCUCUCGGUAUCGAGACACUCGCGUGAAAUGCACCGGUUAGAGGACAACAAUCUGGUAUAUCAUGUAGUAUAGCAACCGGGGCUUAGAUGCAUCGAAAAUGCGAACGUAGCAUGCGUGUCGAACGUUCGAUCGUCUGCUCGCAGACGCUCACCGACACAAUUUCGCUAGUCCGAAAUCGACCAACCUAACAUACAAGUUCCCACGUCGUUCAAGCGCUGUUUGCGCCAUACAAAACAUGUACCACUUAGAGAGGAGCAGGACCCACUGCCCUGGCCUGUACUGCGGCCGAAUCAGAUUCGACAAUGGUUCCUACAGCGAUUGUGGGGCUUGUCCCCGUGGAUUCCGGGUGUCCCGUGAUAGCAAGUUGUGCAUGCCGUGUGCCGACCUGCCCCAGUUCUACGACUGGCUCUACCUGGGCUUCAUGGCACUGCUGCUGCUGGUGGUCGAGUGGUACAUCAUCGACAAGACCAUGCGCCGACGGAGCUUCACUCCGGAGGUGCUUGCGCUGCACGCAUGCGCCCUGUUCGAGACCGUGCUGGCGGCGGUGGCAACUCUCCUGUCGACACCCCCCGUGGGCCAGGUGCUGGUGCACACGUGCCAAGUGCAGCGCCUCUCAGACUGGUACACCCUGCUGCACAACCCGACACCGGGGUACAAGCACACCAUGCGCUGCACCCAGGAGGCCGUCUACCCACUGUUUUCGAUGAUAUUCGUCUUCUAUGGCCUCUGCCUGGCAUCUCUGCUGCUGCUGCGGCCCCUGCUAGUCUACAAGGUCUUCUCCGGUCAGGGAAAGAAGUCGGUCUUCCUGACCAUGUAUGCCAUUCCAGCGCUGGCCCUCAUCCAUGCCACAAUGGGUGGGCUGCUGUAUUAUGCAUUUCCGUACAUCGUUAUCAUUCUGUCUGUGGUGUCCAUGGCUGCCCACUUUGCCUUCAGGCUUGACCAGUCCAUGUGCUCCCUGUUCUCACAGACCCUGAAGGAGUCGCGAAACCUGACAAUCCUCUUUGGCCACUGGUUUCUCCACGCUUACGGAAUCAUUGCCAUCACCCAGUUGCGAGACCCGGUCUUCCACUGGGCGCUCCUCGCCGUCGUCCCCUUUCCGUCGCUCUUCUACAUCCUGACGUCAAAGUUCACAGAUCCCAGCAAGCUACAUGUGGAGUGACAUGCAAUCUUAGCUUGUGCCCUAUGACCCUUUCUUAACGCGAGGACCUUCGACGUUUCACUUUGAUUUUACGGCACGUCCUCGGUUGCAUGACCCAUGAAAUGUAGUCUGCUUUGGAUCUUGGCAACCUUAUAUAUAUAUCGAUGAAGUAGUAUGUGUACAGACAUGCCAAAAAACUUGUUUCUUAGACUGUGCGUAUGACGAGGAUGUUGCGUGGCAUGUUUGAAUGAUUGCCAGUGGCAGCAGCGAUGGGCCUCUGUGCUGUAAUAAGAUUUAUGUUCAUUGUGUAUUGUCUGUAGAAGGAGAUGUGCCUCCAAUUUGUAACCGUAAACCAAUUCGCGUUACAGUUGCAUUUCAGUCAAUUUGUAAUAGUGCACUCAAUGUUACCUUGUGUUUUGGUGUUUGAGAUGUGUCAUCCUCUUGUGAGUGCAACAUGCCCAGCAUAGGUGAGUUGUACCACUUUUCGGAAGCAUAAUGUGUUGUGUUGGUGAUGAGGCCAGUACUGAUGGAUUGAUGUAAAUAUACAAAUAGCUCGAUUUUCGAGGCUUGUAAAUACACGUAAUAAACUGUCUAAACAC